AGCCGGAAACUCCCCGCGCUAGGUGGGUGAGCCCGUCGGCACGGUUGCGGCCAAGUGGGUGGGGCCGGCUCUCUAAAGGCAGCUGACUGGUCGGCCCCCGGCGGCGGCGUUGGCGGCUGCGCGUGGAAUUGUCACCUCGGCCUGCCGAGGCGGUUUGUGGGAUCUUAGUUCCCCCACCAGGGAUUGAACCUGGGCCCUUGGCAGUGAAAGUACAGAGUCCUAAUCAGUGGACUGCCAGGGAAUUCCUUGAGGUGCACAUUUAAUCUUUGGGGAAGAUGGAAGAGCUGAGUCAAGCCCUGGCUAGUAGCUUUUCUGUGUCUCAAGAUCUGAACAGCACAGCUGCCCCACACCCCCGCCUGUCCCAGUACAAGUCCAAGUACAGUUCCUUGGAGCAGAGUGAGCGGCGCCGCCGGUUACUGGAACUGCAGAAAUCAAAGCGGCUGGAUUAUGUGAACCAUGCCAGAAGACUGGCUGAAGAUGACUGGACAGGGAUGGAGAGUGAGGAAGAAGAAGAAAAGAAAGAUGAUGAGGAAGUGGACGUUGACACUGGCAAGAAGUUACCAAAACGCUAUGCUAAUCAAUUAAUGCUCUCAGAGUGGUUAAUUGACGUCCCUUCAGAUUUGGGUCAGGAAUGGAUUGUGGUCGUGUGCCCUGUUGGAAAAAGAGCCCUUAUUGUGGCCUCCAGGGGUUCUACCAGUGCCUACACCAAGAGUGGCUACUGCGUCAACAGGUUUUCUUCCCUUCUGCCAGGAGGCAACAAGCGAAACUCAGCAACCACAAAAGACUACACCAUUCUGGACUGCAUUUACAGUGAGGUGAACCAGACCUACUACGUUCUGGACGUGAUGUGCUGGCGGGGACACCCUUUUUAUGACUGCCAGACUGAUUUCCGAUUCUACUGGAUGCAUUCAAAGUUACCAGAAGAAGAAGGACUGGGAGAGAAAACCAAGCUCAAUCCCUUUAAAUUUGUGGGGCUAAAGAAUUUCCCUUGUACUGCUGAGAGCCUGUGUAAGGUGCUGUCUAUGGACUUCCCUUUUGAGGUAGAUGGGCUUCUCUUCUACCACAAGCAGACACACUAUAGCCCUGGAAGCACUCCUCUGGUGGGCUGGCUGCGCCCCUACAUGGUGUCAGAUGUUCUUGGCAUAGCUGUGCCAGCUGGCCCGCUGACUGCCAAGCCAGAAUAUGCUGGGUACCAGCUCCAGCAGAUUAUUGAGUACAAGAGGAGCCAGGAGGAGGUAAUAAAGAAGAUGCUCACACACAAGCCCUCUGAGAGUGGAUACUAUGAGUUGGAGCACCUGUCUACCCCCAAGCUGAAGAGCCCUUCCCAUAGCCCCAAGCACCCAGAGAGCCUCAUGGAUAACUAGAGAGGGCAGCCUCCUUUGGGAGUCACAGGAUGGGGGUUGGUCCCAGAAGGAAGGCUGGGGAGGAGGACAGUGACGAGAACAAGAUGACUUCAUUUUACAGCAGACUUUCCAAAGCCACUCCAGCUGGAAACAGCUUAUCUCCUAUCUGAAGUGUGCUGGCUUUAACAGUUGGGGGAGGUUUCCAGAUUGGGUAGUCUUUGGAUUUGAGCAGCAACUCCUGUGAAAAUGUAUUUGAGAUCCACAAUGUAAAUAUUGUAAGGCCAACUGGCCCAAGGCAGGGGAACGCAGUCAGAUUCACAGGUUGCAUCAGACCGAAACUUUCCGGACCACCCAGUUCCAGGAACUGACCUGGGGACCUUCCACCCGGCCCAGCCUUCCCGCCUUUCGAGGGGUGGGACUAGCAGUCCCAAGACUGAUGUAUAUUGCCACCUGAAGAGACCACCAAAUAAGGAGUACCCUGCGCCCUCCCAGAUUCACCACACCCCUUUCCCUUCUUCCCCUAUAAAAUCUUGCCCACCCCUCGCCCGGGUGUGACUUCUCUGUCUGCUUUCUCUUGGACCAGUGAACCUCGCCGGGGAGCGCCCCCUAAUAAAGCUCACUUGAAGCUUUCCUCUGUUUCGCGAUGCCGUUUGUUAAGAUCCGACCUUACAAAUGUAUG